AUGAGGGCCAGUGACACUGCCCUCUCAGGUUCCCUGCAGGAGGAGCCAGGAUACGAGCUCAGACUGAAGGAAGACGUGACAGUACAGGAGGGUCUGUGUGUCCAUGUGCCCUGCUCCUUCUCCUACCCCUGGGGUUCAUGGUCUUCCUGCGCUGAACUCUACAUCUACUGGUACUGGAGUAGGGACAACAUAUACCAAGGUUAUCCUGUGGCCACAAACAAACCGCGUGCCCCAGCGAGGCCUGAGACCUCGGGCCGAUUCUGCCUCUUUGAGGACCAGACGACCAACAGCUGUUCCCUGAACAUCAGCAACGCCAGGAUGAGCGACACAGAAAGCUACUUCUUCAGAGUGGAGAGAGGAGAUGAUGUGAAAUAUAGUUACAGAUAUAAGAAGCUGAAUUUGCAGGUGACAGCCCUGACAGAGAAACCCAACAUCCACAUUCUGGAGCCUCUGGAGUCCGGCCGCCCCACACGCCUGACCUGCAGCCUGCCAGGGUCCUGCGAAGGGGGAAGACCUCUGACCUUCACCUGGGUGGGGGCCUUCGAGAUUCUGCAAACCACUUCGCCUCUUCUCAUCCAGGAGGGCCAAGCUCUGCGGCUGGUCUGUGCUGCUGACAGCAACCCCCCUGCAGCACUGAGCUGGUUCCGGGGGUCCCCAGCCCUGAACGCCUCCCCCAUCUCCAGCACCGCGAUCCUGGAGCUGCCUUGAGUGGGGACUGCAGAAGAAGGAGAGCUCACCUGCCAAGCUCGGCACCCGCUGGGCUCCCCAAGUGUCUCUCUCAGCCUUUCUGUGCAGAGAAGCCCUCCUUCUUGCAGAUGUGUGACUGAGGAGCAACAGGGCUCCUGGCCCCUGGUCCUCACCUUGAUCAGGGGGACCCUCAUGGGGGCUGGCUUCCUCCUCACCUAUGGCCUCACCUGGAUCUACUACACCAGGUGUGGAGGCCCCCAGAGAACAAGGCCGAGAUCCUGACUGAGCCCCCUCCUCCUCAAACGAAGCCCAGAGGGACAGACGUGGGACACCAAUGUCAGCUUCUCCCUGGAAACUCUUGACUCACACCCUGUCCCAGUUGUACCCAUGGCAUUUUGAUUUGUGGAGGUGACUGAGUGACGUACGGAGAGUCAAUGCUAUUGAAAGAAGAUGUUUCUUACUGACAUUUUCUUCUGUCCUUUUUUACCUUUGCCAGGUCAGACAGGGCCACGGGGAAAGCACCAGGUUUGGUCAGGAGGCAGGAGCAGGUGAGGGGAAGGCCUCCUAUGAGCCUUUAUUGGGGAUUCCGUAAGACAUCCAAGGCAGGGCAAGGCAAACAGUCUA